AUGAAAAACUUUGGUGAAGGAAAUGAAUCUUCUAGAGGAAUGGAAAUUAAGGUGAAAGAGCUAACAUCAUCGUCAAGAAAUUUCCGUCGUGUAGACUCACUUAAUAUAGAGGCCGAAAAAGUUACAUCACCUCGAGGCUAUGCCGACCCAUUUGAUUGGAAGACGACGUUGGGGUUGGCCUUUAAGAGCUUAGGGGUAGUAUAUGGUGACAUCGGGACGUCGCCUCUUUAUGUGCCGGAUGGUAUGCAAAACAAGGAUGACAUUCUUGGGGUAUUGUCACUCAUCUUCUACACAAUAGUGCUUGUGCCAUUGGUUAAGUACGUUUGUAUUGUGUUGUGGUGCAAUGACCACGGCGAUGGUGGUACAUUUGCAAUCUAUUCGUUACUAUGUCGGUGUGCAAAAGUGGGGUUGAUUCCAAAUUUUCAGCCAGAGGACAGGGAGCUAUCACACUACAGACUUGACACAGUGUCCACAGAGACAAAACGUGCUCAAAAUUUUAAACAUAAAUUGGAGAAAAGUAGAGCUGCUAAAGUCUCACUUUUCCUUGUCACCAUCCUUGGAACUUCCAUGGUUAUUGGAGAUGGUGUUCUCACUCCAUGCAUCUCAGUCCUUUCAACUGUGAGUGGCAUCAAGUCUCUUGGCCAAGAAGCUGUAUCGUGGAUAUCAGUAGCAAUCUUGAUAUGUCUAUUCUGCCUGCAAAGAUUUGGAACAGAUAAAGUUGGUGUCAUAUUUGGUCCCGUAAUCUUUUUGUGGUUUGGAUUAAUCACAGUGAUCGGUCUUUAUGAUUUGUUCACAUAUAACAUUGGAGUAUUAGGAGCUAUCAAUCCAUUGUACAUUAUAGAUUACUUCAAAAGAAAUGGUAAGACUGCAUGGAUUUCUCUUGGUGGAGUUAUUCUUUGCAUUACAGGUGCUGAAGCCAUGUUUGCUGAUCUUGGUCAUUUUAGCGUUCGAUCAAUACAAAUUAGUUUCUCUGGCGUUGUGAUGCCUUCAAUCCUAAUUGUAUAUGGUGGCCAAGCAUCAUAUCUCAGCCAAAAUCCAGGAGAUGUUGGAGAUACUUUUUAUGCUGCCGUUCCUCAUCCAUUGUACUGGCCAACAUUCAUUGUGGCAGUACUAGCUGCCAUUAUUGCCAGUCAAGCUUUGAUAUCAGGAGCAUUUUCAAUUAUUGCUCAAUCCUUGACUCUUGGUUGUUUCCCCAGGGUUAAAGUUGUUCAUACUUCACCCAAGCAUGAGGGACAAGUCUACAUUCCUGAAAUCAACUACAUUCUUAUGAUUUGCUGUGUUGUUAUCACUAUUACCUUCAAGACCACUGAACAGAUUGGCAAUGCAUAUGGAAUUGUUGUGGUCUCUGUGAUGGUGAUAACAACAAGCAUGGUUACACUGGUAAUGCUGCUUGUAUGGAAGACAAAGAUAUGGUGGGUGCUUCUUUUCUUCGUGGGAUUUAUGACCAUAGAAUGGAUUUUUUUAUCAUCAGUCCUCUACAAAUUUACUCGAGGAGGUUACCUUCCACUGUGCUUCUCACUUAUUUUAAUGUUUGUGAUGGGAAUAUGGCAUUAUGUCCACAAACAAAAAUAUGUUUAUGAACUUGAGAACAAGGUUUCUCCUGAAUACAUCAUAGAUUUAGUUACGCAUCAGAAUAUAAAUCGGGUUCCAGGACUCGCACUUCUAUAUACCGAACUUGUCCAGGGCAUUCCUCCAAUUUUCUCUCAUUUUGUUGCCAACAUUCCAUCCAUUCACUCAGUUCUAGUUUUUGUCUCAAUCAAAUCUGUUCCCAUCAGCAAAGUCCUCUUAGAGGAACGCUUCCUGUUUCGCCGCGUUGAACCAAGGGAAUACAAGAUGUUUCGCUGCGUUGUCAGUUAUGGAUACCGAGAAAAAAUUGAGGAACAGGUAGAACUCGAGACGGUGGAAAAACUGAAAGAAUUCAUUCACCACGAAAGCAUAUUUAACGGCGUGGCAAUCGCUGAGCAAUUGACGGAUCCUAGAGACUCUACAGGUUCAUCUGGGCCAUUUGAUGCACCGAUUCCUGAAGCUGAAAAGGAAAUGCAGUUUGUGCAAAAGGCAAUGGAGAAAGGUGUAGUGUAUCUUUUUGGAGAAUCAGAGGUGUCGACAAAGAAAAAUUCGUCGAUUUUCAAGAGGUUUAUUGUGAAUUAUGCUUACAGUUUUCUUCAGAAAAAUUGCAGGAAAGGGAAAAGACUUACGGAGAUUCCAAAGAGCAAGCUUCUCAGAGUUGGAAUGACAUAUGAAAUAUGA